GAUCCCACAUUGCAUUUUUCAUUUAGAUGCAUCUUUUUGUUAUUAUCCUCAUUUCUCUUUUAGUUAUUUCACUUAUGAGAUUAAAACAUAGGAAGUGCAUACCUUCUUGUUCUUCCAAUCCCAGAGUUGAUGAAGAUGAUUAUCAUUGGACACACAACAAGAGCAACAUUUUGGCAUGGUUACAUAAGUCUCUUACCAGAAAAUCAGAAAUAGCUCAAUGUAUUGCUACUGCUAUGGUCGGUCCACGAACAUGGCUUGGAGGUAUCUUUAACCGUACAGGCCCCAAGAGUUCGGGAAGUAACAAAUACGUUGAUUUUAACUUCACUUCUGUUCAGGUAGCAGGAUAUCAGAGCCUGCGAGAACGUACCAAGGUACCUUAUGACGAUACUCGUGUAGAGCAUCAGAAAGCCCUUUUGGAAUUAUGGAAUUUAGCAUAUCCAAAUGUUCCACUUAAAGGAUUGGUCUCUGAUCAAUGGAAGGAUAUGGGGUGGCAAGGAGUUAAUCCAUCUACCGACUUCAGGGGUGGUGGUUUCCUUUCACUUGAGAAUUUACUGUUCUUUGCAAAAACAUUUCCUAAUGCUUUUCGUAGGUUACUAUUGAAACAACUUGGAAAAAGGGCGACAUGGGAAUAUCCGUUUGCUGUUGCUGGAAUUAAUAUUUCAUUUAUGUUGACGGAUCUAUUGGAGUUAUAUCGUGUUAAGCCUAGAUAUCAACACUGUAUCAAUUUCGUAAAAAUAUUGGGAGAGGAUGAAGACGCCUUUGAUGUUCUAUACUGUAUAGCUUUUGUAUUGAUGGAUGCUCAAUGGCUCGCCAUGCGUGCGACAUACAUGGAGUUCAACGAAGUUUUACAAGUUACACGGGCACAACUACAGAGAGAGCUUGCACUUGAAGACAUCUAUAGAAUACAGGAUUUGCCUGCCUUUAACCUUCUGCAUAGUUAGUUGUGUUGACUCAAAUGGUUGUAUAGUUAGUUUUGAUACUCAUUUCCUUUAAACGCCGUUAGACUAUAGUAGUGAUUGACCCUAAAGAGCCUUAGCCAAGCCAGCAUUAUGCGCGAAUCUGUUUGAAUUAUUGUUCAUAGAUUUGUGAUUAAUGGAUUGUGCACCUAUUUUAUGUGGUAA